AUGAAAACAAUAUUACCUAUAUCAGCAGCACUUCUAAUGGGGUCUGUUAUGACCCAUAAUGACUAUCGCUUGAACCAAUUUAUAGAAAUGCCAAAAGUGCGAUAGGCAAAAGCUAAUGAUGAUGACAUGGUUCCAAAUGUUAACUCUAAAGUAUAUAAAGCUCCAACUGACAGUUUGAUGUAUAAAAUGCUUCAUGGCUAGUUAAGUAAUUCAGAUUUAGCCAAACUCUCGAGCAAUGAUCAAUCAGAGUCAAGUGAAGAUAAAAAGCAAAUUACUAAAGCUUCUGAUGAUGAAACUCAAAAAGAGUCUCAAAAGAAAAAUGACUCUGAUUCACCAGAUAUGAUAAAAGUCUAAGCUUUUCUACCCACCUAGAAUGAUUCUUAUAGAAGCUCAAGGCAACUUUAAUCAAAUGGGGGGUUCGAUUAUAAUUCAGAUAAUUAAUUCAAGAAGAGCAAAAUUAGAAAAAAUCUAAACAGAUAUAAAGAAGUAGGUAAUGAUUCUAGAGUAAACUUCAAUGCAAUGUCUAGGAAAUAAUAACAUUAGCUUUAAAGUGAUAGAUAUUUCCCUCAUGAAAAUCAUGUUGAUCUAUUAAGUUUUUCGAGUGAAAAUCAUGGCCCUUUAUUUCAUUUAAUUCCUCAAAAUCUUCACUCAGGAUUAUAUCAGCAUUCAAGUGAUAACGAGAAAUGGAUGUCUAAUUACAACUAAAAGAAAUUCAUUGAUAACGCAAAUUUUUAAAGCCUAGUUUAAAAUGAACCUAAGGUAUUUCUGCCUUAAGAAUUAUAAGCAGUGCCUAGUUUGAGAUUUCCUGACUUAAUUCAUAUGGGAGGAUGGACUGAAAGUGCUACUUUACCAUAUCAUAAUCCUUAGGAUGACUUCGUUUAUACAGGACCGCCUACGCCCUCUCCAAAAGUGCUUCGAAAAUAUCCUGGGUAUCGUUUAAACGAAUGA